AUGGCCACCAGUGAGCUGAAUCAGUUUCUAGAAAAUGUUGAUAAGAAGGUCCAAGAGUGUACCAUAUGCUUCAAGAGACUUCAAAAUCCUAAAUCUCUCAACUGCCUCCAUAGUUUCUGUUUGGCAUGUCUGGAAGACUGGGUUAAAACUAAAGGAGAGCUGAUUUGCCCUACUUGUUCGAAAUCAUAUCUCAUUCCAGAGGGUGGGCUUCAGAAACUUCCACCAAAUACCUUUCUUAAUAACUUAAUAGAAACUAUUGAACAAUUUUCUGAAAAAGAUCAGAUAAAAUGUGCUUGUAAAAAAGGAGAAGAAGCAUUAUAUUACUGCCAGGAUUGCAGACAGUACUUGUGCUCUACUUGUAUUGACCAUCAUAAAGAGUUCCAACUCUUUGCCAACCACAUGCUACAUUCAGUGGAAGAAGUGAGAUCAAUGACCCCUUCACAGAUGACUUUACUACAUCCACCACAGUGUUUGCUUCACAGCAAACCUUUGGAAUUUUACUGCACAGAGUGUAAAACUCCAAUAUGCAUGCAUUGUACAAUUACUGACCACAAGGAGUUGGAAGGAAAUCAUAAAAUAAUCAGCAUUUCUAAAGCUUUUCAAUCAUUUAAAGAAACUUCAGCAGAAUUGGAGAAAGUUGCCAAUGAAUGCAAAAGCAAAUUACAAGAUGGCCUCAAAGCAGUUACUCAGAAUGCUAAACAAUUAAAUCAAAAUAAAGAUACAACUUUGAGAGACGUUGACAAUCAUGUACAACUGAUGAUAAGAAAAAUCAAGGAGAAUGGAGCCAAAAUUAAAAAUGAAGUACAGACAAUAUACAGAAAGAAAAAGAAGGUACAAGAUGUCCAAAUGGAUGAACUGAAAACAACAAUAUCUGAUAUAAAUACAAAACUCAGUUUUCUUAAUCAGCUUUUGCAGAGUGAUAAAGCAACAGCAAUGCAGUCAAGUGAAAGAGUAAUUACAGCACUGAAGGACAGAAUCAAUGAAUUACCAAAAACAAAGCCAGCUGAUAAUGGACAAAUUAAAUUUGUUAUCAAUGAGAAUCAGCUCGAUUCAUUGCAACAAUGUGAUAUUGGGCAUGUAUCACAGGGAGCAGCAGAUUGCCUAACACUGAAGGGAGUGGAAUAUGCAUUACAAGGUCAGACAAUUGUUGUCAAAAUAAUAAAAACAGAUGAAUGUGAAAUAAAUGCAAAUCAACUGAAGGCAACUUGGACACAGCCUACAGGAGAAACCAACAUCACUCAAGUUCAGGAAGAUGACAAUGGAGAUUAUUUUGUGACAGGAAAAUGCACCAGUACAGGUGCUUGUAAAUUAGAUGUGAGUGCCAACAGCGAACCAAUCAAGCAGUCACCAGUGAUAGUGAAAGUAGAGAAGGAAGAAUUAAUAAAUACUAUUGAUACAAAUAAACAAAAUGUUAGAGAUGUAGUUAAGUGUGAAGAUGACUGCUUACUGGUUUCAUGUUCUACAAAUGAAAUAUUCAAGUACAAGCAAUCGGGAGAAUAUAUUGGUAAGGUUAUGCUACCGCAGGAUGUAAAGGUUUUCAAAAUGUUCAAGAUGAAGAGUGGUAACAUAGCAUUCAGUGACAAUCUGAAAUGCAUCAAAGUAUGCAAUAUGAAUGGUCAGGUGGUCAAAUCAAUUGGUCAGGGAGUAUUGAAGGAUCCAGCUGGUAUAUACGUAGAUGAAACAUCAAAUAUUGUGUACGUAGCAGACUGGGGUAAUUGUUGUGUUUUUAUGUUUGACAAUUGUAGUAGUCAGUUAAUAAGGAGGAUAUGGUCACUAGGCCACGAAGACAGCAUAAUGAAUGGAGUUUUUGAUGUUACUCUUACUAGUGAAGGACACCUUCUAGUAUUGGAAUGUACAAACAGCAGAUUACAAUUAUUUGAUAAUGAGGGAAGGUUCAUGAAAAUCCUCGUUCAAGCAGGUGAUGAGAAUGGUAAGGUGAGGAAUCCAUAUGGAGUAGUAGUUGAUGAGGAUGACAACAUCAUUAUAGCAAGUAAAAACAAACUACAGCUUUUUAGUAGUGAAGGAAAUUUCAUUAUAAGGAUUGAUAAACCAGAAGAUGGAAUCAACAAUCCAUUGGGAUUAUCCAUCAUUUCAUAUCAUCCAAGGAGACUUGCAGUAGCAAAUAAUGGUGACGAAACAGUAAAAAUAUUCAAUUACUAAUUAUUGAAAGUUCACUUUUAAAUGUAUAGAUAUACAGUGUAUAAAUACCAUUACACAUAAAGUUAAAAACCAUUCAAUUUUGAUAGUGAUUGUUUAUGUUGCAUUUUCCUCUAUCUCAAUCACACAUCAUAUUAAAUGAGUAACAUCAUUAAGUCAAACUCACCACAUCCUCAAUGAUAUUUAUGAUUUAUCAGAGUUAUACACAUGCAAGCUGCCUUUUUAAUUUCAUAUAUUUAUAACAAUUCAAUAACAACCAAUUGCAUUAUUUGAAUAUGUUUAAUUAACUAAAGAAACUUACAGGAAUAAAUUCUGUCAAAUCUCACAUUUUUUAAUUUAUGUCUCCACAGUUUAAAUGUAUUAAUAGUGUGGUUAUACAAAAUAUAUAUUUAUCUCAGAAAAUAUUAUUUUGAAUUAUGUUUACUCAAUUUUAUUGUGUAGCCUACUGUAAUAGUCAUGAAAAAUGAAUGUAAAAAAACGUUAAUGCUGAUGGUAACAAUACCGUAAAAAUCAUAUUUUGAAAUAACAUUUGAGAUCACCUUGUAACAGUAGUAGUAAGUCAUUAUAUUGGACAUAAUGACUAGAUUUAUUACAAUUAAGAAUUACUUAAAUUAUGUUGAUAACAUUUUUACAUAUCAACUACAAGAGGGUAUUUUACACUGAUUCUAAAUUCAACUUGAUGAUGAUCAUUGUUCUCUAAUCAUUCUUUUAAUGUGGUUAAGAUAAAAAAGGAUUUUGAUUUUUAUAUAACUUUCAAGAAAGUUUAACAAUUUUUUCAAGUAAGAUUGAAACACCACUCCAAAAUCACCAAAAAUAAAUAAUUAAAUUGUAUAGUUUUUAAAAUACUUCUUUGAUUAUAAAUAUAGUGAAUCACACAUUAUAAUAUCUUACACUUUAUAGAUUUUGGAAAAAAUAUGGAUUAAGUAAUAUGAAAUAUGAUGUAGCAAUACAUUAGUUUUCUAUAAUAAUUAAAAAUAUAAUUAAUUCAUUAAUAAUAAAGAAGAAUGAAACAGGCUGUGUAAUACAUCUGUUGAAUGAAAUGUUUUUGUAAAAGAUGACUUUGUAUAUUUUCAUUUCUUUUACAUCCAAUCAAAAAUAUAACUCUC